AUGGCGGCGGUUUGCUGGGUUAUAAACUCAGGCGUGGCCUCGCCCAGGUCUCCCAGAGCGCGGUGUAGGCCCCACUCCCGGCGCGCCGGGGGGCGCUGGGCAGCAGGGGACAGGGACCACCGCCAGGGACACAGCCCCUCAACCUCUGAGCAGGCAGGGGACGCUCGCCGCAGGGGGCCGGGAGGGACUGGACCGGAAGGCUGCACGUUCCGCCCUCUGACAUCACCUCCGCCGAGCCUCCCUCUCCGAGCGGAAGGGCGCCCCGUCCCCCAGCCUACCUUGAGUCACGCGGCUCAGGUCAGCGGCAUCCGGCAGGGGGCACCGCCGACGCAGCUACCACGAGUCCCAACGCGGGCAGCCCCCCUCGCGCCCGAGGUGGACGCGGCCUAUCGGGCGUCCCGACGCCACGUCACGUCACCCUCCUCGGGUCAGAGGUCAGCCGCCCGCCUCUCCUCCGUCGGGCGUGAGCGCCGCCCUGGCUUCCUCGUGAUGCGCACGCGCCCAGCUCGGGUGUCUCCUCGCGGGGGCGCUGUGUCGUCUCCCGCCGUCACCGACGGCGUGAGCCCCGGGCGGCGAGGCCGGCGCUUCCACCACAGCCUGUCGUCCUCACGGUUCUGCGAGGCGUCCCUGUGCGCUAACAUUCGCAGAGGCGACCUAAGUCGUGACCACUUCCUGUGACAACUGGUUUCAAAGAUGAUCCGCGCGCAGCGGCGGGGAAAAGAAAACAGAGAAGCAUGACGUGACCCAGGACCGUAAAGAGGCCGACUCACGG